AUGGUCAGAUGUUUUAAUCUAUUGGAGAAUUUUAAUUAACUGUUGAUAAAUCAUUUGAUAAAUUUAAUCUGUUUACUUUAUUGCGACUUAAUACUAAUUCAACAAUAUAAAGCAGUUUUAAUAAAUUUUAGAAAUCAAUAAUAUUAAAAUAAUUAAAUUUAACUCAUUAGUGUGAUUUAAAUUUAAAUCAAAUCAACUUUUAAUUGGUUCUAUAAAAUAUGGAUGAGACCCAUUAGGUAUUAAAAAUUACUAUUUCAGAGUUAAGUUGUUCAGUGUCACAUAUACUUUAUAAUUAAGUAAAAGAAGAGCUUAAAUUAUAUGA